GGAAGAUUUAUGAAAUGUAAAAUGAGGAAUAAGGUAUCCUUAUUUCUCAAGGAAGGACUAUGAAUACGGAUAUUAGAGAACUAAUCCGUACUUAAUCACACAUAUGCGACAUUUGCUGCUAUUUAAAUUUUGUCCCCAGUACUUGAACCGGAAGUGUUUGAUUUCGAAUUAAAUAAACAUGUGAUGUGUGUACGUGUGCACAUUACGUACUCAAUGCCAUUGAGAAUCACUGCGUGGCGUAUGAUAACACAAAAGUACAAAGUAUAAUCGGUAUAAUCUUUAUGAGAGGUACUCGUAUCACUUAGGUCAAUUUGCGUAGUGGUGCAAAAGUUAGCUGUGAUAUGCAUAUAUAUAUAUAGCACAGAUUGUAAUUGACAGUGAUACGCGAGGCGCGACUGUAGAGCAGUUUUGGAGCACGUCUCUGAUUCGCUGUUACUUCCUAGCUGUUUCUGCCUACAUUUCUACCGUGAUAUUCUAAGCAUUUAUUAUAUUAUUACCAUCGCGAACGUUCUAUUUAAAGGUGAAACCGAGGAAACGUUUCACCAUCACUCGUUGCGUUAAGUCGCUAUCGUUCGUAGUUAUUUCAGAGCAACGACGGCAACAUGAACAGCAGAUUUACCGGGAUUAAACUGGGACCUCCCAUUGAGGUUUUCGCACUGCAAAAAGCAUUUGUCGACGAUACUCACGAAAAGAAAGUCAAUCUUACUAUAGGAGCUUAUCGUACCAAUGAAGGUAAACCAUGGGUCCUACCAGUUGUAAGAAAGGUAGAAAAGUCGCUUGCUGUUGAUGAACUACAAAAUCAUGAGUAUUUGCCAGUUCUUGGUUUAGAUGCAUUUAGCGAGGCUGCUACAAGUAUGUUAUUGGGUGCAAAUUCUCCUGUUAUCGCCCAGGGGCGUGCCUUUGGUAUUCAGUCACUUUCGGGUACAGGGGCACUACGUGUCACUGCAGAAUUUUUGAGUCAUAUUCUACAAUAUGAUACUUUUUACUAUAGUAAACCUUCUUGGGAUUAUGUGCUGGCAGAAAAUCAUAGACUGGUAUUUACUAACGGAGGAUUUAAACAUGCUUGCGAGUAUACGUAUUGGGACGAGAAAACGCGCAGUAUCGACAUCGAAGGUAUGCUCAAUGAUCUGAAAAACGCUCCUGAGAACGCUGUAAUUAUUUUGCAUGCAUGCGCACAUAAUCCCACUGGAUGCGAUCCGACUCCAGAACAAUGGGCUAGGAUUGCUGAUGUGAUAGAGGAGAAACGGCUCUUCCCGUUGUUUGAUAGUGCGUAUCAGGGUUUUGCGAGUGGUGAUCUAGACAAAGACGCAUACGCCGUACGAAUGUUCGCUGAACGUCAAAUCGAAUUCAUCUGCACACAAAGCUUCGCCAAGAACUUUGGAUUGUACAAUGAAAGAGUUGGUAACAUAGUUUUCGUAUUGGCUGACACGAAGGAGAUAGUACAAGCCAAGUCGCAAUUAACAUUAAUCGUCCGAGGAAUGUACAGUAAUCCUCCUAAUCACGGCGCUCGAAUUGUCGCGACGGUGCUGAGAAAUCCAGAGCUCUUUGAGGAAUGGAGGGAACAUAUCAGAACAAUGUCUGAUAGAAUCAGACAAAUGAGAAUAGGUUUGCAUCACAGACUGAUCAAAUUAGGCACUCCAGGUGUUUGGGAUCAUAUUGUCCAACAGAUUGGAAUGUUCUCGUACACAGGACUUACUGAAAAGCAAGUGCAGCAUUUGAGAGACCAUUAUCAUAUCUAUAUGCUACGCAGCGGCCGUAUAAAUAUGUGUGGACUCAACGAAUCGAACUUGGAUUAUGUGGCAAAUGCGAUCCACGAAACGGUAACAUUAUUGUCGGAAGCAUGGGGCGAUUGUAUGUGUUAAAACA